CCUUCCCCUGCAGCGAGGGGCGGGGCCCUCCCAACGCCGCUUUUGCGGCCAAAGUAGGUUGGGAGUGGAAGGUGGUGGCUGCUGUUCCGCAGUGUCGGGAAGAUGGCGCCGUCAGUGGCAGAGAGGGGGCUAAAGAGCGUCGUAUGGCAGAAGAUAAAAGCAACAGUGUUUGAUGACUGCAAGAAAGAAGGUGAAUGGAAGAUAAUGCUUUUAGAUGAAUUUACCACUAAGCUUUUGGCAUCAUGUUGCAAAAUGACAGAUCUUCUAGAAGAAGGUAUUACUGUUGUAGAGAAUAUUUAUAAGAAUCGUGAACCUGUCAGACAAAUGAAAGCUCUUUAUUUCAUCACUCCAACAUCAAAGUCUGUAGAUUGUUUCUUACAUGAUUUUGCAAGUAAAUCGGAGAACAAGUAUAAAGCAGCAUAUAUUUACUUCACUGACUUUUGCCCUGAUAAUCUCUUUAACAAAAUUAAGGCUUCUUGCUCCAAGUCAAUAAGAAGAUGUAAAGAAAUAAAUAUUUCCUUCAUUCCACAUGAAUCUCAGGUGUAUACUCUUGAUGUACCAGAUGCAUUCUAUUACUGUUAUAGUCCAGACCCUGGUAAUGCAAAGGGAAAAGAUGCCAUUAUGGAAGCAAUGGCUGACCAGAUAGUUACAGUGUGUGCCACCUUGGAUGAAAAUCCCGGAGUAAGAUAUAAAAGUAAACCUCUAGAUAAUGCCAGUAAGCUUGCACAGCUUGUUGAAAAAAAGCUUGAAGACUACUACAAGAUUGAUGAAAAGAGCCUAAUAAAGGGUAAAACUCAUUCACAGCUCUUAAUAAUUGAUCGUGGCUUUGAUCCUGUGUCCACUGUCCUGCAUGAACUGACCUUUCAGGCAAUGGCAUAUGAUCUACUACCAAUUGAGAAUGAUACAUACAAAUACAAAACAGAUGGAAAAGAAAAGGAGGCCGUCCUUGAAGAAGAAGAUGACCUCUGGGUUAGAAUUCGACAUCGACAUAUCGCAGUUGUGUUAGAGGAAAUUCCCAAGCUUAUGAAGGAAAUUUCAUCAACAAAGAAAGCAACAGAAGGAAAGACAUCACUUAGUGCUCUUACCCAGCUGAUGAAAAAGAUGCCCCAUUUCCGAAAACAGAUUACUAAGCAAGUUGUCCAUCUUAACUUAGCAGAAGAUUGCAUGAAUAAGUUCAAGCUUAAUAUAGAAAAACUCUGCAAAACUGAACAGGACCUGGCACUUGGAACUGAUGCAGAAGGACAGAAGGUGAAGGAUUCCAUGCGAGUACUCCUUCCAGUUCUACUCAACAAAAACCAUGAUAAUUGUGAUAAAAUAAGAGCAAUUCUACUUUAUAUCUUCAGUAUUAAUGGAACUACAGAAGAAAAUUUGGACAGGUUGAUCCAGAAUGUGAAGAUAGAAAAUGAGAGUGACAUGAUUCGUAACUGGAGUUACCUUGGUGUUCCCAUCGUUCCCCAAUCUCAACAAGGAAAACCAUUAAGAAAGGAUCGGUCUGCAGAAGAAACUUUUCAGCUCUCUCGAUGGACACCUUUUAUCAAAGAUAUUAUGGAGGAUGCUAUUGAUAAUAGAUUAGAUUCAAAAGAAUGGCCAUAUUGUUCCCAGUGUCCAGCAGUAUGGAAUGGUUCAGGAGCUGUAAGUGCUCGCCAGAAACCCAGAGCUAAUUAUUUAGAAGACCGAAAAAAUGGGUCAAAGCUGAUUGUUUUUGUAAUUGGAGGGAUUACAUACUCUGAAAUGCGUUGUGCUUAUGAAGUUUCUCAGGCACAUAAAUCCUGUGAAGUUAUUAUUGGUUCUACACAUAUUUUAACUCCCAAAAAGCUGUUGGAUGAUAUAAAGAUGCUGAAUAAACCCAAGGAUAAAGUCUCCUUUAUUAAGGAUGAAUAGCUUUUCUUUUUGGAGGGUUUAGAGAUUCUUACUAAUAUGUUGAACUAAAAUAGAAAGAAAAUGUUGCUGUCAUGUAAUUUAAACAAUGUAAAUAUUUUAUGGAAUAAUGGCUUUUCAAAUACAUUUCUUAAGGAACUGUUUAUGAUUAUGUAUUACUGGAUUUGUCAUUUUUGAUAAUUUAAAUAUUGCUGCUGCUUUGUAGAUGAUGAGAAGAAAUGUUAAAAUGCUUUCUAAAAGGAAAUUUUUUCACCUUUGGAGCAGAAUAUAUUAGAGUUGUGGGUAAUUUCUCACAACCACCUAUGUACAUACUAAUUACCCAUUGGAUACUUACAUCUAAACAUCUCAUGCUGAAGUAUAGUUUUUUGGGAAAGAAUGAUUUUAAAUAAAGAGAUUGUAAAAGUAAAAACUGUAAAUGUGUAUGUAUGAUAGAAUUGUUUCCUCUAAGUGUAGUUUUUCUUUCAACUAAAAUUCACAGUUUGUUUUAUGUGCAAAAUAAUUCAGUCAUUAAUAGAAAUGGAGUGAUUUCACAGUGUAUACUAUUUUGCCACAUACUUCUAAAGAACACAAUUUUAUAUAAUUUUGAAAUCAUGUGUGUUUAAAUUAGAAUACCAAAAAUCAUGAACAUUCUAAGAGAAAAUAAAUAUAGAAUUUUAAAAAUUA